AUGGCGAUCCGGGGAGCCUGCCUCCUCCUCCUCAUCCUCGUCCUCUCCCUUGCCCAAGUCUCUUCUGGUCAGCAAAACUCCAAAGCCCGGCCAAAACCAGCAGUUUCCAAGAAAGAUGGAGUGAGCCUCAAAAUGAUCGAAGACCUGAAGGCCAUGAUUGACAACAUCUCUCAGGAGGUUGCUCUACUGAAGGAAAAGCAGGCACUCCAGACAGUUUGCCUGAAAGGCACCAAAAUUCACCUAAAAUGCUUUCUUGCAUUCUCGGAGACCAAGACAUAUCACGAAGCCAGCGAGAGCUGCAUCUCACAGGGCGGCACACUCAGCACCCCGCAGAACGGGGAGGAGAACGACGCUCUCUACGACUACAUGCGCAAGAGCAUCAGCUCCGAGGCGGAGAUCUGGCUGGGCCCUGAGGGCAAGUGGGUCGACAUGACAGGCGGCCCUGUCCGCUACAAGAACUGGGAGACUGAAAUCACCACCCAGCCUGAUGGCGGCAAGCUGGAAAACUGCGCGGCGUUGUCAGGGGCUGCUGCAGGCAAGUGGUUCGACAAGAGGUGCAGGGACCAGCUGCCCUACGUCUGUCAGUUCAUGAUUGUGUAG